AUGGCUGUAGGGAACGACCAGCAACAGCAGACUCCGCAACCCCUCCGACAGUCGCCUGACGACCAGGACUCCGGUCGCUAUUCGCAGUCCAGUCAGGGCCCCAAGUCGCCGUCGCUCCAACCCCAACAUCGCCGCGGAUACCAGGCCUGCGACCCGUGCCGCAAACGCAAGGUCAAAUGCGAUCUUGGCAGCGUCGACAAUCCCCGUCCUCCGCCCUGCGUGCGAUGCCGCCGCGAAAGUAAGCGAUGCGAGUUCUCCGCCACGCGCCGCAAGCGCAAACCCUCCGAGGUCGAGGAGCCCGUCUUCGAGGGCGUUCUUCGCCGUGACAAACGGAUGAUGGUGGGGGAGGUCGUCUCGAAUGGCUCUCCGAGUGAUGGCUCCUCGUACACGGCGACUGAUCCCACCUCGUACGACAACAACACCAACACCAACUCCGCCGCCACCACGCAGGCUGCCGCCGGCCGUCCGCAACGCAAGUGGUCCGAGGGGUCCCCCUCCACCACCAGCCAGAUCCCCCCUGCGACUGCCACACAGCAGCCAUACCAGGCCAAUGCCUCGUCGGCCACGAAUUUUCCCGAUGUCAAGAACACUCGGCUUCCUAUGUACCCGGUUGGGGACCGAUCCUCCAUGGCAGGUUUCAGCCUUGAAGGAGGACAACCCAUGAUGAACCGCACCGCCGUCGAGCUGCUGUCGCCGGCGAUCAGCAAUAGCCACGACGCGCUGCAUCUCCUCUCCGAAGCGGCGGGGAGGACGGAGGAUCUCAACCGGCAGAGCCUCGAGAAUCGAUAUGCCGCCCGGCAGUCCGUCUCGUCUUUUAAUUCCCCCAUAUCGCCCCUCACGCAGGCCGGCACGCCGCGUAGCGCCGGGGGGUCAUUCUCGCGACCUCCUCGGUCGGGCGCUGCGAUGGGUAACUAUUAUCAGACCGGUACGUCGGGAUCGGGUGAUACCCAAGCUGCCGAUGGACGCGGUCAGUCUGGUCCCUCGGACAAUCCUCAAGACCCCGGCUAUCUGGACGCGGUCAAGGCGUGGUCACGACUACGUUUUGUUCGUGCGGGAUGGCUCUCAGUCGAAGAGUCGAUGGCCUAUGUGGCAUAUUACUACGAACACCUUGCUCCUCUAAGUCCAAUCGUGAUCCCGGAUUUCUCUCACCCCUCGACACACCGUACAAUGCUCACUGACGAGCCGGUUCUCGCCGUCAUGAUCCUCACUACCGCUUCUCGGCACAUGAAGCCAAAGGGUGAUGGUGCUUAUACCCGUGCGUUUUACAUCCACGACCGGCUUUGGUCGUACCUUCGCGGUAUGAUCGAACGGUUAUUCUGGGGCCAAGAAAAGUUUGGUGGUAACGGCAUGGGCAUCAACAAGCCUCGCUCUUUUGAUCUGGCUCCCACUUCGGCCAUGGUCCAUGCGAAAGGAAAUCUCAGAUCUCUGGGGACCAUCGAGGCCUUGCUGAUCUUGACGGACUGGCACCCUCGGAACCUGCAUUUCCCGCCCGGAGACGACGAGAACGCACUUCUCGACGUCGAUGCGCAAGCACAUAGCAUGGAAACCGAUGGUGAGAACGGCGCCAACCGAUCAUCCAACAAUCCGGCAGAAGGUCGCCUGGCAUUCCAAAAAUGGCUGGAGCCUGCCUGGCGGUCCGAUCGGAUGUCCUGGAUGUUGAUGAGCACGGCACAGGCACUCGCGUUCGAGCUAGGCGUUUUUGAUCAAAAGAGCGAAUCCAAAUCCGUCGGUGAAUCCCCAGCCGAGCAGACUCGGAAACGCCGGCUGCGCCGUCUUAUUCUUGUGUAUAUUACACAGAGCAGCGGGCGCUUGGGAAUUCCAUCGAUGCUGCCGCUGCCGCAGUGGGCUAAUGAUAUCCAACCGACUACUGUGACAGGUGCUAAGAAUGCGGAUACAACGGUUGACCGGAUGCAUGAUUGCUGGAUUGGGAUCUCCAAGAUCAUGUACCAGAGCAACCAGCUGUUGUUUGCGUCCAAUGAGCAGACUUCAGAGCUGAUCCGAAGCGGACGAUAUCGAGAUCAGAUUGACCGUUUCCAGCCAUUCUUGCGGGAGUGGCGACAGAAUAUUGACACCAUUGAGCUUGCUCCUGCUAUGCGAAUGAUUUUGAUGAUUGAAUACGAGUAUACACGAUUGUAUGUCAACUCUCUUGCACUACAAGCCGUAGUCGACCGCUGGACGACAAUGUCGAACGAGGCGGCUCAGGCCCAGGCUCGAUCCGGCUCGGGACCCUCGUCCAGUCAUGGAUGGUUCCAUGUGCUCAUGGAGCUCUACCGUGUCAAUGAGCAAUACAUCCAGGAGGUUGUCGAUGCGUCACGCAAGAUUCUACAUACGGUCUUGGACGGCCUUGUUCCUGGUGACCAUCUCAAACACGCCCCUGUUCGAACUUGCUUUCGGAUCUUGUCUGGAAUGAUCUUCAUCCUCAAGACAUUCACGCUGGGCGCAAAAGAGGACGAUGUUCGUGUUUCUCUCGAUCUUCAAGAUCGAACCAUGGAAGCUCUGCGGACCAAUGUUGUCGAUGACGUGCACCUAAGCCAUGCUAUUGCCCGACUGCUUGAACUGCUCACCACUAGCAUUCGUACACGCUUCUUGCGUUUUGCACCAUUGGACCGUGGCGGCGACGGAGAGGCGCACGACCGCACUGCGUCGGCACCCGUAUCCCGACCCCAGUCACCACGUCCGCGAGAGGGCCCGCAAACCCGACGAGAUGGUUCUAAUAAUGGAUGGGCAUCCGGACCAAAUGCGACGCACAAUAUCGGGUACGUUGAUAGUAAUGGUCAACAGACGGGAGGCUCUAUGGGCUCGGUACAUGACCCGCUGGCGGGGAUUCCGGCACAGCCGAUCAAUUCGUCGAACAUCAAUGUCUCCUUCAUGCCGCCACCCCCAUCGGUGUAUCAUAACUACUACGACCCGAAUACCACGCCACCGGCGGGUGGUGCUGAUUUGGAUAGCUCGAAUCUACCCUCGCAACCCCUUCACGACAACGCCGGGGCGUCGAGCGGGCUCCCCGAUUGGUUUGCGCUGCCCCUGGACCAAUUCUUCAACAGCUCCACCGCGGUCGUGGACCAAGGCUUAGGAGGCACGGGGCCGAUGGUCGGCGACUUCGACAUGCUGGAGGUGCUUCUGAACGAGCAGUAUGAUGGAAACGGGGAGCACCUCGACUCAGCUGGCGGUGGGAAUCUAUCCUCGCAGUUUCUACAGUCCUGA